CAUUCAUGAGAUCCACCGAAUCUAACGCCUUCGUGUUGCACCCGAUUUCUGCCACUUUGGGCUCCUCUCCGGAGAAAUUCGUCGGUGAGAGCACGGGCACGUUUUUGGCGAAUAGGGUGCGAAACCGAUCGGAUCAAGACGAGAGGCAGAAGGGUUUGAAUCUUCCCGGCAAUGAGUGCGGGGCGAAGAAGAGGUUUGUUCUGACCAGGUUUUAAGGGCUUAUAGGGAAGAGAAGAACCAUGAAUGCGGAGAGAUCGUCGUUGUGCAACUUCGUGGUUAACUUCCUCCUGGAGGAGAACUACCUCUUGACGGCGUUCGAGCUUCUCCACGAGCUCCUCGACGAUGGCCGCGACGCUCAGGCCAUUCGCCUUAAAGAUUUCUUCUCCGAUCCCUCUCGCUUUCCUCCCGAUCAGAUAUCUCGGUACAAUUCACUCCGAGUUGCAGACCCACAAAGUUUGUUGGAGGAGAAAGAAAAGCUGGCGGAGAAGCUAGCUAUCAGUGAAUAUGAACUUCGUUUAGCUCAGGAGGACAUUACAAAAUUAAAGACUGAAGUGCAGAAGAAAUCUGAUCCUCCGAUUGACAGAUUAGAAGAGUUGAACUCUGACGAAUGUGGAGACAGCAGGCCAGAAAUUCAACGGAAAAAGAAAGAUAAAUCAUUCACUGAUCUAGGGCCUCUGAAGAAUAAAGAACGUAGAGAUCUAAACUGUGCUGUGAAAGAGUAUCUUCUUCUAGCAGGAUACCGGCUUACAGCGAUGACAUUUUAUGAGGAGGUGACAGACCAGAACUUAGACGUUUGGCAGGACACUCCUGCAUGUGUGUCUGAUGCUUUGCGUCAUUAUUACUAUCAGUACCUUUCAUCAACUUCAGAGGCAGCUGAGGAGAAGAUAACCAUGCUUCGGACGAAUGAGUUAUUGAAAAAGGAAAACGAGAGGCUAAACAAAGAGAAGGAUGAAUUUCUUAAGAUCAAAGAUGUUUCUGAAGGGCAAAUCAGUUCGUUAACCAAAUCUAUAGAAUCACUUCAGAAAGACCUUAGGGACAAAGAAAAGCAGGUGCAAAGUUUGAAACAAUUAUUAGAGAAUCAGAGGAGGAACCUCAAUGAUACUCGGGCUGAGAUCACUGCCCUUAAAAUGCAUAUUGAAGGUUCCCGUUCUGAUCAGUACCUGGCAGCUAAUGAAGUAGAUCCUGUGCAAUCUCAAUGCGUGGACAAGGGCGCAGAAGAAGCUGACUCUUUUCCAAAGGAAGUUGAGACACCCGCAGCAGAGAUUGUUGGUGGUCUGAUUUCUGAAGAUUCUAUAUCUGUUGCGAAAGAGCACAUGGGAACAAAAGACGAUCUGGUUGAAGAAGAGGUUAAGAAUAUGAUCCCUGAUCCAGUAGAUGUAGCACCAGAAGUAAACAAUGGAUCUGACGAAGUAUUGGAUAGAUCCCCAAAGAACCAGACGCAAGACUCAAAAGAAUUACUGACGAGUCUUUCAAAUGGUAGUAUUUCACCCAAAGACUGUGAAAGUAUCUUGAAACUGGAUUCUGGAACUGGUCGUGGCUCCGAUUUAAAAUCCGACAAUGCAAAUAGUGAAGCUUCUUCUGAGAAAAUGGGUUUAGGAACAAUUCAGAUACUUGCAGAUGCUUUGCCAAAGAUUGUUCCAUAUGUCCUGAUAAACCAUCGAGAGGAGCUCCUUCCUCUGAUGAUGUGUGCUAUUGAGCGGCAUCCAGCCAGCGGUACUAGAGACUCUUUGACUCAUACACUGUUUAACUUGAUCAAACGUCCAGAUGAACAGCAGCGGCGUGUUAUAAUGGAUGCCUGUGUUAGCCUUGCCAAGAAUGUUGGAGAAAUGAGGACAGAAACAGAAUUGCUUCCUCAGUGCUGGGAACAGAUAAAUCAUUCAUAUGAAGAGCGUAGGUUGUUAGUUGCUCAGUCGUGUGGGGAGCUUGCAGAGUAUGUUCGGCCGGAGAUACGCGACUCUCUUAUUUUAUCUAUUGUGCAACAACUGGUAGAAGAUUCUGCAACUGUUGUCCGCGAGGCUGCCGCUCGUAAUCUGGCGUUGCUGCUUCCUUUGUUUCCAAACGCUGACAAGUAUUUUAAGGUUGAGGAGAUGAUGUUUCAAUUGAUCUGCGAUCCAUCUGGCCUAGUGGUUGAAACCACACUGAAAGAACUACUCCCUGCAGUGAUAAAGUGGGGUAACAAACUUGAUCAUAUCUUGAGGAUUCUCCUAUCUCACGCUGUGAGCUCUGCUCAGCACUGUCCCCCACUUUCUGGAGUUGAAGGGUCAGUGGAAUCCCAUCUACGAGUCCUUGGUGAGCGGGAGCGGUGGAAUAUUGAUGUCCUGCUAAGAAUGCUUAUGGAGUUGCUUCCAGUUGUACAUCAGAAAGCGAUUGAAACAUGCCCUUUAACUUCUAUCAUAAAGUCUGAGGACACAGCCUUCUCUGUUUCCUUGCUUGAGAGAUAUGCUGAGGGACAUUCUGAGUGGCCUAUGUUUGAAUGGAUGCACGUAGGUUGCUUUGCUAACUUGUUACAGCUGGCAUGCAUGUUGCCCCAGAAAGAAGAUCAUUUGAGAAAUCGGAUCACAAAGUUUCUCUUGGCUGUAUCUGUACGGUUUGGAGAGUCCUAUCUGACCCACAUCGAGAUCCCAGUUUUCUUGAUGGCUGUUGGAGAAGAAGCUGAUAUUCGGUUUUUGCCUUCUGCAAUCCAUCCAAGGAUAAAAGGUUUGAGACCAAGAACUGCUGUGGCCGAUAGACUUGCCACUCUAUGUGUCCUACCACUUCUUUUAGCCGGAGUUCUUGGUGCACCUAGCAAGCGAGAAGAGUUAGCAAAUUUCUUACGAAAAAUAUUGGUUGAAGACAAAAUAAAAGAAGACCAGUCAUCAGCUCAUAGCAGUGAGAUUUUGGACGCAGUCCGCUACCUUUGUACUUUUGAAGAACAUCACAGCAUGAUAUUCAACAUUUUAUGGGAAAUUGUGGUGAGCUCUAAUGCAGAACUCAAAAUAAAUGCCGCUAAGCUGUUGAAGACCAUUGUGCCAUAUAUUGAUGAGAAAGUUGCUACUACCCAUGUUCUACCUGCCUUGGUAACUCUUGGCUCGGAUCAGAACCUAAAUGUGAAGUACGCAAGCAUCGACGCGUUUGGAGCUGUUGCUCAACACUUCAAAGUUGACAUGAUAGUUGAUAAAAUACGAGUCCAGAUGGAUGCUUUUCUUGAAGAUGGUUCCCAUGAGGCAACUAUAGCUGUGGUCCGUGCACUAUUGGUUGCCAUUCCACACACAACAGAGCAGCUUAGAGAAUAUCUGUUGUCAAAGAUUUUCCAGCUUUCAGCGAGCCCCAGCUCUACGACGGAUGUGAUGCGCCGACGAGAGAGAGCUAAUGCUUUCUGUGAGGCAAUACGUGCUCUUGACGCAACAGACAUGUCUGGGGCAAGUGUGAGAGAGUACCUGCUACCAGCAAUACAAAACCUGUUGAAGGAUCCAGAUGCGUUGGAUCCAGCGCACAAGGAAGCCAUAGAGAUAAUAAUGAAAGAGAGAUCGGGUGGGACUCUGGAGGCGAUAGGAAAAGUGAUGGUGGGAGCUCAUCUCGGGAUUGCAUCGUCCGUCACCAGUUUCUUCGGAGAAGGCAGCGGCUUGUUGGGCAAGCGAGACACCUCUGAAUCGGCGGCUGCACCAUCGGGGCAGGGGCCUGAGUCACCGAAGGCGGCACCUCAGGCUGAAGACACCAGGUUCAGGCGUAUCAUGAGGGGUAACUUCACGGAUAUGCUCCGUGGCAAAGGCCAAUAACCAACCCCUUACCAUGACUGUACUCCUCAACAUGAUACAGGUGAAUAUCAUUGCCAUCCAUUAGCCCCCACUUAUUAUAUAUUUUUCUUUUUCAUGUUCAUAUAUUUUACAAAUGUUCUGAAUUAUAUAUCUCGUUUCCUUUCUUUUUUUGUUUUUUGUUUUGGUUUGCUCGAGAGGGUAUUUCCUCAACUGGGAAGAUAAAUGAGUUAUGAGGAUUUUGUUUUA